CAUUAACAGACCUCUAUAUACGUGCUAAAGAAAAAACUUUCCGGGCCCUGAAAGUUUGAGAAUUUGUAUACUUACUUUUAUUAAUCAGAGGAGUUGGGACUUUGUAGACUCUGACUGUUACUUUUGAUUUGGUUCUUAAAAUCGAUGCAGGAACAGAAUAACUGAACCAUACCGAAUUGAUAGAACCGAAAAUGAAUUUGAAUCGAAUUUCAUAAAUUUCUGCGUCAAAUACUGUUAAAUAAUUUGUUUAUAAAAUAGGUUGAUGAUACUGUAGAAAGUUUAUAACUUUUGAUUUGAUUUUAUAAUAGUGUUAAAUAAUUUGUUUAUAAAAUAGGUUGUGAUUUAAAAUUAAAAAAUCUUAUAAAUAUUUUGUGACCAUCAAAUUUUAAAAAGCCUUUAGAGUGUUACUUCGCUAAUCACUCCCCUAAUUUUCUUAUGUAUAAAGUAUUCAUGAAAACUAACUUCCAAUUCUUAUGUGAAAGUCUAUCAACUUUCUACACUUGAAAAAGUCACUGGAAAUCUUUGGGAAUUUCAUCCUAGGAUGUUGUUCUCCAAUCAACUUAGUCUAAGUUUUUGUGGGCCACAACUCCCAAGUUCCAAACUCAACACUAUUAAGAAAAGCACUGCAUAUAUGAGUAUAAAUAAUCAAAUCAAUCCAAAAACUUUGUUUAAAUGUUCAAAUUUAUAAAAGAAAGUGCUCAUCUUUAUUCAGUUACGUAUUCAUUUUGGCUUUGGUUAGUUAAGUUGGUGAAGAUGAGAUGAUUCGUUCUCUACUGCUUCUAUCAACUUCAAAACAUUUCUCAAUCAUAUUAUUUUGUAAUUGCUUUUGGUCUGCCAAUUAAUAUUUUAGUAUGGUAACAAUAUUGUAUUGGUAAGGUCCCCCAUUACUCUCCUUCUUUCUCUCUUUGUAUUUGCCUUUUGUUUUCAUGGAUAAAACUCUUAUUUCUUCUUCUUUUUUUUUUGUUUAAAGCAGUGAUUAACCAACUCUUUAAUAAUCGACUUAUUAAACCAAAUCUUUUCUAUAGAUCAAUAAAAGUUAAAAACAAUCUGCGUUAGGACCAUCGUUUUUAUUACCGUUGGAUAAGCAAAUAUAAUAGAGUCCAUGAGGCCUAGAGUUUAGUGUCAUAUAAACUAAUUAAUUAAUAAAACUUUCGUAUAUGUAAUCAUGUGCAAGCUUUAUUGAUCGAAAGUUCCGACGUGUUGAUAGGAAGAUUCAUAUUGCAAAGUGUUUUGGUUAAUCCAACUCAAUGUGGCCACAAUGAAAUCCAUAAUACUCCUUUUUCGUGCUUGUUUUGAGCUGUAGUUAACUAAUGCUUAUUUUUUAUUAACAAAUCUUAUAUUUUUAUGAAUAUAUAAAAUUUAUUUAUCAAAAAAUGAUUUAUAAAUUUGGUUUAAAAUGGUUUUUGAAAACUGGACUUACGUGUUUAGACAUUUAAAAAACAGAGUAUAGAACUUAAUCAAAACAACUAGGCAUGCUUAUUUUUUCUGGACCCGAAAUUCGAACUGGAACCGACCCGAAAUCAAACAAAAAAUUUACAAGUACAUAACAGAUUCAAUAUUAUUUUACCCGGAAAAUCGGAAUUGAAAAAAAUCGAUCUCAACCCGAAAAAAAGCAAAAGAUGCAUAUUUAAGAUGAAUGUGAUCUCUCGCCUUUUGCUUCUUUUGCGUCAUUGGUGCCUUAUUGCAUUUCUUUCUCUGUAUUACGUUAUUUUCCCAACAUCUUGCAAUAUGCUAAAUUAAAUAUGAAUGCCGAUUCAAACUAUAUGUCGAUCCUACUUAAAUUUAUAUGAAAUGAAUAAUGUUAAUAAAAUGAAUUUAUAGAUAUCCUUUCUUAAGGAUUUUUUUUUCUUUGAAACUAGAUUGUAUCACUUGCACACAGUCAACAGAAAAACUACUAAAAUAUCUUUCUUGGUUAUUUGAUCAAUAAUAUAUAUAUAUAUAUAUAUAUAUAUUAUUUGCAUUUAUUAUUUCUAAAAUAAUUCGCUUACGAAAAUUAAAAAAAAAUCUAUCUAAAUACUAAUCAGGUGAUCAUCCAAUACAUGAAUACAGUUUCCACAUUACUAUUUUUCAUUUGCUCUGUGCUCAACAAAACUUGUGGCUGGUGACUCAACGAAAAAACUGUUAUCUUUCAUUUGCUCCGAGCUCAGCAUCUCAACAAUCAUUUCUAAACUGUUCUUGAAUUAAAAUUUAUUAACAAACGUGCAUGUGCCAAAUAAAUAUCAAUCAGAAGUGUUGCUUCAAAAUUCUGGUAUGCGUUUUCCAUUGUUAGCAGUUGUAUUAGAAGAUUAAUACAUUUUUAGCAGCAAAGAGAAUUAGCAAACAAAAUAGAAAUAAUUUUUUUAAUAAAUUGCAAGACAGAAUUCACGGACAUAGUUAGUGGUGAAAAUGGGAAAAGGAGGAUUGUAAAGGGCACAAAUGAAUAACGAGUGUUCACUUCUAGUGUGGAGAGGUUGAGAGAUCCAUUCUCUAGUUGUUAUUAGAUAUGAACAAAACAUAGUCAUCUACAUUCUGUAUUUUAUGUUAUUUUGUUCAAAACAGAAAUUUUAAAAAUGUAACUCCUUUUAAAUAUUGUAUCUUACCAAAAUCUUCAAUAUCAUUUAUAUAUUCAAUUCUUAAAAUCGUCUGUCUAGGCAUUUAGGCAUCUUCCUAGGCACUUCAACAUCUAUCUAACGUUUAAAACUAUCUAGAUGCUAUUAUCUCUUCAAAUCGGUUAACAAAAAUCCUUGUCUAGAUAUCUAACUAGAUGUUGAUGAAUGUUUUUAUAAUUGUACUUUAUUUCUUCUUUAGAAAGUAGAAAAUAUAGAAAACAUAGUUUUUAAUACAAAAGAGAAAAAUCUUGGAAAUUCUAUAUUUUAGAUUUCAGUAGUUAAAAUAAAAAAUAAGCAAUGGUACAAAAAUAGGUCUCUACUAAUUGGCUAGAUAAGACUUUGUUUAAACACCCAAAUAACACUUAAUGCUUUUUAAUAGUGUGCAUAUCUAACAACGUUAGUCAAAUAUAAAACGCUUUCUUAGAAGGUAAUUUUGUAUACUUAAAAGAUUUGUGUCUUAUUGAGUCAAAGUAUGUGGGCUUACUUACCUAAAUUAGAAGGCAUGACCCAACCAUUAAUAAACAAACCUUAUAAAGUAAAAUAGUUCAAAUAUAUUUGACAAAAUUUAGUCAAGAAUUUACAAGCAUUUAUGAGAUUCAGAUACAUGUUUCUUUAGUCAUCUGCACUCUUAAUUAGCUUAUAUAUAUUAGAUUAGUUUCCUUUUUUCUUCCAAGUCAAGAUUUUGAAACAAUUACAAUAAUUGGGUCAAAUUUAUUUCAUUUAAACAUUUGUUAAAAAAUAAGAAAAUUUAUAUGCAAGAGAUUUGAUGUAUUUGUUAAACCUAGUAAUUUUAAAUCUUGGUUUCAUGUAAUUUGGGUUAAUUAAACGAUUAAUAGCAUAUAUAGGUCUUUUAUAUAAAAACAUAAUAGGAUUUAUAGGUCAUAGCCACAAAACAAAAGUUGUGGAACAGUGUGAUUGGACUAAUUCUAAUUAGAACAUUUCUUAUAUAUGGACAUAUCAUUAAUUAGAUAAACGUGAAGUCCCCCCCCCCCCCCCCCCCCCCCCCCCCCCUCCCCAAAAAAAAAGCUCUAUGAUAUUCCGCAAUAUAACAUAAGCUGGGUACCUUGAGUUGCUUAUAGCUGAUCUUUUCUUUUCAUUUUGUAGAGAGAGGGGGAGAGACGAGAGAGGGAGUGAAAAUGGUGGGGCAAUGGGGGAAAGAAGAUGAUGAAAAGGUGGUGAUCAGAUGCUACAAUGAUCUCAGGGACAUAAUUCAAAUGGAAUGGGUGGAGAAAAGUUGUGAGAUUGGUAACGACCAAACUUUUCUCUUCACAGAUACUUUAGGCGAUCCCUUGUGCAGAAUUCGGAAUACUCCUCUCUCCACCAUGCUGGUGGCAGAUGUUGGGACCAAGCUGGUUGGUUGCAUACAAGGUUCAGUGAAGCCAGUUAAGUUUCAUGAUAAGUCAGUGAAUGUGGGUUACGUUCUUGGUCUCAGAGUCGUGCCGCCUUAUCGACGCUGUGGCAUUGCUUCGAUUCUAGUGCGAAAGCUUGAGGAAUGGUUCGUGUCACACAAUGUUGACUAUGCUUACAUGGCCACCCAAAAGGACAAUGAUGCCUCUCUCGGUCUCUUCGUGGGAACACUUGGCUAUACCGUCUUCAGAAACCCGGCAAUUCUGGUCAAUCCAGUAAACCCCGGUCGGAAUUUGAAAUUGCCUUCUGAUAUCGUAAUAAGGAAGCUAAAGGUGGAAGAAGCUGCAUCAUGGUAUCGGACACACGUUGCACCAACGACAGAUUUUUUUCCGGAUGACAUAGACCAAAUCUUGCGGAACAAGUUAAGCAUGGGGACAUGGGUGGCUUAUUACAACAACAACGACAAAAUCAACAGUUGGGCAAUUCUUAGUGUAUGGAACAGUAGCAAAGUAUUCAAACUUAGGAUCGGGAAAGCUCCUUUGAGCUAUCUGCUUCUUACCAAAGUUUGCAACCUUGUCGGAAGAUUCUUGAUGUUCUUGGGCUUAACGGCAUUACCUGAUCUGUUUAGUACGUUUGGUUUUUAUUUCCUUUACGGUGUUCACGCGGAAGGUCCGUUAUGUGGGAAUCUCGUUAGGGCUUUGUGUGACCACGUUAAUAACAUGGCUGCCUCAGAUGACGGUGGCGCGUGUAAGGUCUUGGUGGUAGAAGUCGACGGAGAAAGUAAUGGUGGUGAUCUCAUGAGAUGUGUUCCGCAUUGGAAAAUGCUUUCGUGUGACGAUGACACAUGGUGCAUCAAACCGUUGAAAUGUGAAGAAAAGAUGUCUGACUUGGGUGAAUUUAACGAUAUGUUCUGGAAAUCAAAAUCGGGGACACUCUUUGUGGAUCCAAGAGAUGUGUAGCUAAGCUAGCUAGGGAAACUGGUUGCAUGCAUGUUUGGCUGAUAACUUACCGAAUAUGAAAAUAUGGAAAAUUAAUGACAUUGAUAUUAAUGAUGCAACUCCAUGACUGACUUGGGUGAAUUUAUUUUUGUUGAUUAUAUUGUUCCCGUAAUAUUUUUUUUUUUUUGGUAAAAUGUUAAUAUUCAUUGACCCAAUCCUAAUCGUGAGACUACAUUUAAUUAAGAAAUCGCAUUGCCAAGUGAUGUCUUCAACCAAAUCCUAAACGCUUGAGUGUCAACCGGUAAAUACCCAACUGUCAAACCGUACAAUUCAAGGGUCAUCUAUGAACAACCCACAAUCAAACCAUCGACUUACAAAACGUUAAGAUCAUUACAUAUGAUAUUUUGUGUGGUUUUGAGUUCUUGCAUUUUGUUUGGCGCAUGACAUAGAGAGAGAAAUGGACCCUACAAAUAGUUAAUUAUUCAUUUAUGAAUGAUAGUUUAGGACCUUUAGGUAAAUCAUCGUUCUCCAUAUAAAUCUUUUCUAAAAAAAUUCCUCAAGUAGGUGCCACCAUUUGUUGUCCCUGGCAAUCUUCCUAUCUAGUUUGAGAGAUGUAAAGUAGUUAAAGAAUAGUCAUUUUCAAUAUGAUUUUUUAUUUAAUGAAUACGUUUUGUUUUGAAUGAUAUGGUGAUUACAAAUUUGUAAUGAUGAUAUCUCAAUAUUGUACGAAAUUAAUAACAAGGGAUUGGCCGUGCCGCCAGUUAUGUGGUCCUUUAUGUUCCCUCUUAUUAGGUUUCAAACCUGAUUUUUAUUGAUGAGCCGUCCUCUAAUUUCAAGAUAGAUGUAACUCAUUUCCUCAUAAGUCGAAUUACUCCAUGUGAUAUUCAUAUGGCUCGCACACAUCUGUAAACAUUUACAUUCAUGUGUGUUUAGUCUUACCGGCUUGAGUGAUCGAACUAUUUGAAGUUUCUUGUUUUCUUUUUUUGCCAAUAUGUAGUGGUAUUUAACAACAUGUUUAUACAGCCAAAUUUAGUGCAUGCUAGCAGCUGAGUAAAGUAAACCAUAUCUCAAUAUGAAAAAGUUAAAACGGUGGGUACUCAACUGUUAUCUUUUUGGACUAUGUAUUUAAGCAUGGCAUAGUAUAAUCAAUCGUUUUUUAUUUGACUUCAUAUUAUCAAAUACCAUUUGCUUAAAUUUUCAUAUUCUAGCGACCCAAUAUCAUAUGCAUAAAGAUAACGACAAAUAUUAGUACUCAAAAUGUGUAUAUUUUAAAUGAAAUCAUGAAUUUAAUUAAUGGAGCUGAAACAAAAACAAAAAAAAAUGUUGAAACAGAAUUCAAUGGGACUGAAUUUGAAUUACAUGCAUGUGGUGUAUCUCAGUAUGGUUGCUUCUUUUAAGACUUGCAUAAACGUCGAGAUGCUCAACCACGGGAGCAUAAUGCAGACGGGAGGUCCGGCCAAUUCAAAGAUCUUGUAACCUGUCAUACUAUUUCGCACUUUAAAGGUGUUAUCAAACAUUUCUGUAACCAUAACUGCUGUUUAAAGAGUCGCCGAUCUGUUUCUGAAAGCAUUCAUAUCAUAUCCAUAUAUACUUUCUUCGAUUCGUUAGCUGAAGAUAUGUCAUAGUUGAGUCGUAGAUUCUUCUAACCUAAAUCAAAUCAGACCAAUUUCCUUCAUCUUUUCUUUUCCUGGGUAACUCAGCAUGUACCUAUGAAUAGGAGAAAUCUUGAUUUGUUUUUAUGUUAUAAAUUAGUUAUAACUUAUAACUAUUUAGUUCACUUUAUUGAUAAUUUACUUUACAUGUUAGGAACAUGUCAACUUCGUUAGCUAGCCAUCUAAUACAAUCUUACUGUCCUGAUAACAUAUCUAAGGAGAUGAUGAUUAACCAAUAGACACAAAUCAAUAAUUUUCACCCAAUCACCCACUUUUGUUUGUAUGGGAAGCUUCAAAUCAAUAGUCAUAAUCUGAAUACCCUAGAAGGAUAAUACACUCCUACAGUUAGGUGUUGAUGUACUCUUGCCGAACAAGGAAGCUGAGUGUACUUUAUAUGCCCCUCCUUUCUGCGCAAGUCGAAGCAAUUAUUGGUUCAUUUUUCUCAUUUUGAUUUUAUUUAUAAAAUAGUUUUGGACUUGAACAGAUAAUAAGUGCGUUCUUUAGAUAACUUUAAGUUAUAUGUGAUGUAAAUAUAGGUGGACUGAAGAAUUACCAAAAAUUCACGUACGCUACACAAUAUUUAGAUAUAUUAAGUUGUGCGAUCGUUUUUACAAUGUGAAUCAUACAUCAUAAAAUUAGUCACAAAAUCUUGUUUUACAUUGUUAAAAGGUAAAUGAUCUAAUGGUUUAUGUGAAUAAUCAAACAAAUAUUUCAA